CAUGUGAUUCCAGUCAGGACUCUAUUAUUACCCGCACUGUUUACUUCCUGCAGCGGACAGAUGUAACAGAGUUGUCCCUGGCUUCCCCUCAAAAUGUACUCUCACGGCUCGGAGAGUUUAAUCAAACAGGCAAGAGAGAUUCAGGAGCCUGAGCUGCAGAAGUUUUACAGCAGACUAGUGAAGCUGCUGCAGGGGAAGGAGCUCGGCCAUGAGACGGUUGAUUCCCUGCAGAGGCUUCACCUCAUCCUCUCCGCCACCAAAUACACCAGAACGCUGCCUUCAGAGCUUCGGACACGACUAUUAUCCCUCCUGUCGUCACCUGUAGAGCAGCUUCAGGUGCUGAGCUCUGCUGUGCUCAGAGAGAUGCCACCCCUCUCUGCUGAGGAACUGAACUACAUCCAGGAGAACGUUGGACAACUGAACAGCCAGACUGCUGCUCUGCUGCUUUCAAAGGCUGGAACCAGAGCUGAUCUUUCGUCUGUCUGCGCUCAGCUCCUUCGCGGUCUGGACAACCGGCCAUCUGAAGCACCAGCUCACUCGCUAAUGCACACUCUCCCAGUCCUCAACACCAUCCUCACACACAGCCCAGAGUGCCUCACUGAAGAUCACAUAACCCUCCUGAGUAAAAGGCUUGUGGACUGGCUACGUUAUGCUAGUAUCGUACAGGGAGGUGGAGCUUCCUCAGGGAGAUUCUUCACAGGACCCAGAUCCCGUCAGCCGGUGCCUAUAGCAGAGCUGGAUGGGAUGGUGUCGGGGGAUUUCUUCACUGUACUGUGUGUGGGACAGGGCUUUACAGAAGAUCAGUGGAUGAACGUCUAUUCCUUUUCCAUGCUGCACCAUUGGCUUCUUACCUACCACUCUGUUUCCAAUGGCAACAGCACCAUAGAAACUGCAAACAGGUCACAGCUCAGCCUCUCCCACUCCUUUUCUAAUGAUGACCGGUCAGAGGUGGACGGGUCGGUGGUUUCUAUGGUUUCGGCUACCUCCUCCUCCAGCCGACUGUUGCCUCCGAAGGAGCGUCUGAGGGAAAAGGCUUUCCAAUACUGCCAGCGCCUCAUCGAACAAAGUGAUCGCAAGGCACAAAAGAAGACGGACACAGAACUGCAGAAAGCGUGUCUGGUCGAGGCAGUGUGCAUCCUAGACUGUGUGUGUGUUGAGGAUGCCUCGCUGGUCUUCAGAACAUUUCCGUUCAUUAAAGCCCUCUUUGGUCGCCUCAGCGCUGACCUGUCAUUUGCCAGAGUCCUGCUGCCCAUAGCACAGUUUUACCUCAACCACGGUGAGAUGGCAGCGGUGGACUGUGAGAGUGUGUGGAAGCUGGUGUUUGGCCAGUUUCCUGCUGAGCUGUUCAGCGACCCUUUCCUGGCACACGAGCUUCUACGUUUCCUGCGGCUGAACCUUGAGAAAUUUCAGCUGGGAGUUCCACAGUACACACACUUCUUCCCGAACCUGUUGAAGUUUCUAGCCUGGGACAGUCCAGCAGUAGUGGAUGACUUUGUGGAUCUGCUGCCCUCUCUGGUUACACCUGCUACUGCAGUGGAGCUGCUCCACACACUGCUGGAUUUGCCUUGUCUCUCUGCUACACUGAUCUUGCAGCUCAGGUCUACAUGUUUGCCCAUCUCUGAGCCAGGCGGUCGUGGCCUCCUGUCCCUGGAUGCAUUUCGAAAUCCCUCUUUUCGAGGGCUUUUCCUCUUCAUGCUUCGAGGGGAGGCAGGAUCAGGCGACACGAUUGACCGACUGAGCACGCUCCAUGAUCUGCUAGCUGAGGCUGCUGACUGGCCGAGAGUUGUUCAGUGUGCCCAGACUAUUCCUGUGCUGUUGCACAUUUAUUUCAACACAGUAGUUACGGUGGCUGAUGAGAAGCUUUUAGCACAUUUAAUUUUGGUGAUGUUGGAGAGAAGCAGCAUCCUCCUUAACAUCCCUACAUACAUCAAAGAGAUACACAGAGUGUUCAGCUGCCAUCUUUUGAGGAUGUGCAAGCUCCACCCCUCUCUGGUAGUGGACCAGUCUCACGAGCUCCUGGAGUUUGCAGGAAUCCCUGGCAACGUUUACAGCAAAGAAGAACUCUACACACAUGUGGUGUGGGUGCUGGGAGAAUACCUCUCUGUGUCAUGUGACAGCCGCUGCUCUGUGAGUCUCAUCACUUCUUGCUUUGAAACUCUGGAGGCCGUACUGUUUGAGAUCACUUCAUCCGGAACCCCUCCUGGAACAGUUUGCCCUGCCCCUAGAGUCAUCACCACUUUAAUGAGCGCUCUUGCUAAGCUGGCAUCACGGUCACAUGACCUCAUACCCAGGGUGUCUCUGUUCCUCUCCAAGCUAAGAACGGUAACCAGAGGCGGGUCAGUCGCUUGGUGCUCUGAUGAAGAGGACCUUGUUGCCAUAGUAACCCGAGGGGAGGAGCUGUGGUCGCUGCUGAAGGCGCCCAGCGUGGCUCAGAGCGUCCUGACCCCAUCUCCUCAUAUCACCACACCACAGUGGCACAGAGACACCAACGUUGCCAUGCCGCUGCAACUGCGAGCCCUCACCAGCCUCACACACCCUCAGUGACACACACACACACACACACACACACAUGCAAUCACGUGCACAUCAUCAUCUUGCACUUGCACAAACAUUAGUGUCAAAGAGUGACAUUCGCAUCAUGAAAUUAACAAAUGAACCUUGUUUGAUUUUUGCACAUUGUUUUUGUGAAUAAAUGACAUUUUGUGA